CUUUAAUAUUUUAAAUCUAUUGGUUUUAAUAAUUUCAUUAAAUUAUUUUUAAAUAAAACUUAUUUAUACUAUAAAAUUCAACACUAAUUUUAUGGACUAAUGUCUGGCUUUGAUAGGAGUCGAGUGGUCGGUGUAUCCGAUGAGGAAUUGGAUGAAUAUACGUGUGGUAUAUGUCUGGAGGUGUUUGUCAACCCAGUGGUCACCCAAUGCUGUCAACAAACCUAUUGUCAUGAAUGCAUCCAUAAUUGGCUCUCAGAAAACAACACCUGUCCUAAUGAUCGCAAAAAAUUGAGACCACGAGGUGUGAGUCCUGCGCCCAGAGUUUUGGUCAACUUAUUGAACAAAAUGAAAGUUAAAUGCGAUUUCUAUGCCAAUGGCUGCGAAUCAGUGGUGAAAAUGCAUGAAUUGUCACAACAUAUAGAGUAUUGCGAUUAUAACGCAAACCGAAAGUGUAAGACCUGUCACCUGGCUAUUGAUGGCAAUACUCAACACAACUGUAUCGACAAUCUAUUGAUUCAAAACCAAAGCCUUCGUAAUGAUAACCAGAGACUUAAAGCCAAGAAUAAUAAACUGAGUAUGAAGGGUGUGAUUUCAUUAGCUCGUAAGGACCUGGAUAAUUAUGAAGUGCGAUCAAAAUCACGAAUGUCAUCGUCUGAAGUGAACAAAUGUAUUGAGAGGUCCCAGGAAAUGAUCAUUUUGUUAACUGUUGUCAAUAAGAAAUGA